GACAUCGGGCGCCCCCCAGCGAUUUUUGCUUUCACAGCCUCUUCCUCCACAAGUCAGUUUUUUUCAAUGUGAUUUCAAGAUGGCGUCAAGCGGAGGAGAUGGGGAGCACGAAUGGACAGCGGCAGUUCGGCCGCUUUUAUCAGCUUCAUACACCGCUUUUGAAACAAAGGAGCUACCUCAGCUGAUUGGCUCUAUAAUCAACAGUGAAUCAGACAUUCUUCACCACGACAAACAGUAUGAGCCUUUCUACUCAUCGUUUGUGGCUCUUUCUGCACAUUACAUCACCACAGUUUGUGGACAAAUACCAAGAAAUCAAUUGCUGUCGGUUGCAGCAGCAUGUAAGGUAUUGAUUGAAUUCUCACUGCUGCGCCUGGAGAACCCUGAUGAAGCAUGUGCUGUAUCACAGAAACACCUGAUUCUUCUAAUAAAAGGACUUUGCACUGGCUGCAGCAGACUGGAUCGCACAGAGAUCAUUACUUUCACUGCUAUGAUGAAGUCUGCCAAGUUGCCGCAAACUAUCAAGACCCUUUCUGAUGUGGAAGACCAGAAGGAGUUGCCUAGUACUGUGAACCCUGAGCUUCGACAAAAAGAAGUACAAAUGAACUUUUUUAAUCAGUUAACUUCUGUUUUCAACCCGGACCUCACCACCAUCCUGUCCUCUCCCUCAUCAGCUCACCUGCAGGCUGAGAGUGACUGUGAUGACCAAACCACAGAUCAAGCCCUUCAGGCCAAAAUGAAGAAUGCUUUUGUCUCUCAGAAUGUGUCAAGCUUACAGGAACUUGGUGGGUCUGAAAAGCUACUACGAGUGUGCCUCAACCUGCCCUACUUUCUACGUUACAUCAACCGCUUCCAAGACGCUGUUUCAGCAAACUCUUUCUUCAUAAUGCCAGCCACAGUGGCUGAUGCCACUGCUGUUCGCAAUGGAUUUCACUCACUGGUAAUUGAUGUCACCAUGGCUCUGGACACACUUUCCUUGCCUGUGCUGGAACCCCUCACACCAGGGAGGCUGCUGGACAUGACUGUGCUAGCUCUGAGUUGUCUCUAUGCUGGUGUGAGUGUGGCCACAUGCAUGGCCAUUUUACAGGUUGGUAGUGGCUUGCAGCUUCGCUCUGCCUCCACUGGAACCAAAGAAGAGGACUAUGAAAAUGAUGCUGCCACAAUUGUCCAAAAAUGUCUGGAAAUCUAUGAAAUGAUUGGACAGGCAAUCAGCAACUCUCGAAGAGCUGGAGGAGAGCAUUAUCAGAACUUCCAGCUGCUUGGAGCCUGGUGCCUCCUAAACAGCCUCUACCUGAUUCUUAACUUGAGCCCAACUGCCCUGGCAGACAAAGGGAAAGAGAAGGACCCCCUGGCUGCCCUGCGUGUCAGGGACAUUGGAGCUCGCACAAAGGAUGGCGCAGGAUCACCUAAACUUGGUCCUGGCAAAGGACAUCAAGGAUUUGGAAUUUUGUCUGUCAUUCUGGCCAAUCAUGCCAUCAAACUUCUGACUUCACUUUUCCAGGAUUUGCAAGUAGAGGCUCUACAUCGGGGUUGGGCAAGUGAUGGGCCACCAGCUGAGCUCAACAUCAUGGCACAAAGCACUUCGAUCCAGAGGGUUCAAAGACUCAUCGACUCUGUGCCCCUGACAAAUCUACUUUUCACGCUUCUCUCCACCGCCUACAAAAAGGCUUGUGUUCUCCAGCGCCAAAGAAAGGGCUCAGUCAGCAGUGACGCAAGUGCUUCUACAGAUUCAAACACCUACUAUGAGGAUGAUUUCAGCAGUACGGAGGAGGAUAGCAGCCAAGCAGAGAGAAGAGAGGAGAAGACAAAUGCUGCUUGUGUCUCAGAUGAUGAUAGUGAACCCAUCUUGGGACUGUGGUUUGAGGAGACAAUUUCACCGACCAAAGAUAAAGUGGCUCCACCACCUCCUCCACCUCCCCCACCCCUGGAGACUUCUCCCAGACUCAAGAGCCCUAGCAAACAGAAUCCAAGUGAGAAUGGCAACAUUUUAGCGGGCCGUAAGGAUCCAGAGCUGUUCCUCAGUUUGGCCUCCAGCAUUUUGAACUUCAUCACCACUUCAAUGCUGAAGUCCAGGAACAACUUCAUCCGGAACUACCUGAGUGUGUCUCUCACAGAGCAACACAUGGCCACACUCGCCAGCAUCAUUAAAGACGUGGACAAAGAUGUCAAAGGUUCAUCAGAUGAAGCGUUUUCUUUAGCUCUGUACCACUUCAACCACACCCUCGUCACCUCAGAUCUUCCAUCUCCGGUCUUGCAGAACACUCUUCUACAACAAUUAGGGGUUGCUCCAUUUUCAGAAGGUCCCUGGCCCCUCUACAUUCAUCCUCAGUCGUUAUCCGUCCUCUCCAGACUUCUUCUGAUUUGGCAACACAAAGCCAGUGUGCAGGGAGAACCAGAUGUGCCUGAGUGUAUGAAAGUCUGGGAAAGAUUUUUAGGAACCUUGAAGCAACACACUCUCCAGGGUUCUCUUCAUGGAGAUGAUGACCUGAACGUGGAACACCUCCAGCUGCUGUUGCUUCUUUUCCACAAUCUGUCGGAAUGUGGCCGACGAUCAGUGCUCACCAUGCUCACUCAGGCCAUUACUGAAGUGGCACAGAGCAGAGACUCCCAGCUGAAGUCUGUACCCCUCAACAUGGCCCGCUUGUUGCUGGUCUUUGACUACUUGCUGCGUCACUACUCCAAGGCUCCCCUGUACCUCUUUGAACAGGUGCAGUACAAUCUUCUAACACCACCGUCUUCUGGGCCGAGUUCUGCUCAAGACGGUGGCAAGCGCAGCGGUCUGCCCCUUUACUAUGGAUUUAAAGAGGUGGAGGAGAACUGGGCUAAACACUGUUCAGCAGAUAAAAAUGCCCAGCCCAAAUUCUAUUGUGUGCUGUCUCCUGAGACAUCUGAGGAUGACAUCAACAGACUAGACAGCAAGGUUUUCUCAAAGCUGGGUAAUGGUGGAGUUAAAUACGACGAGCUGUAUGCUUGGCUCAUCUCACUCCUGGAAGCUGGCUCAGAGUUUGACACAUCCAGAAGACAAGAGAAUAAACCUAUCACUCCUAUGGAGGCCUGCUCCCUUCAGUACUACUUUCUGGUACUGUGGAGAAUCCUGGGUGUGUUGCCACUCUCAAAAGCUUUCAUGGAGCAGCUAAAGACUGGUUGCAGCGACCCCAGUGAAAGUGACAUCUUGCAUACCCUGCGAUGGUCCUCACGUCUGCGGGUGUCUACAUACGUCAACUGGAUAAAGGAACAUUUGGUGAAGCAAGGACUGAAAGCAGACCAAGCUGCCUCACUUGUUGAGGCAACAGCUGCCAAAUGCAGCACUCUGAAGUAUGAUGUGGAGCUAGCAGAGGAGUACAUUGCCAGACAGAUUUCCACCUUUUCAACUGUGGAUCCAAAUGUCGUCCUUCCACUUCAUCAGCUGCCUUCUCUUCAAGCUAUUUAUACUCUGGAUGCAGUCCUCUCUAAAGUACAAGUUUCUUUAGAUGAGCAUUUGUCCAAGGUUGCAAUUGAGGCUGACACCCACAAAUCAUCUGAUAUUGCUAAAAAUCUGCUGCCUGCCACACUGCAGCUCACUGACAUUUACACAGCCUUCACAAGAUCUUACCUCCUAAUGAACAUCCCAGAAGAAGGAGAAAACAAAUUGACUGAUGCGAAGCUCCAAGGUUAUGCUGCAGUUUUGUCCAUUGGUUCAACCCGUUGCAAAGCCAACUUGCUGGGUCAUAGUUUAAUGCAGAACUUACCAUCAGCUGUACAGACAACAUGUGAGACUUGGAACAGCAUUCACACCAAUGAAUUUCCCAACAUCGGCUCAUGGCGAAAUGCAUUUGCCAAUGAUACCAUACCAUCAGAGAGCUACAUCAGUGCCAUCCAAGCAGCUCAUCUGGGCACACUGAGUUGUCAGUCCCUGCCUCUGUCCUCUUCUCUUAAACACAUCCUCCUCUCCUUGGUUCGCCUCACAGGCGACCUAAUUGUUACAGAGGAGUUGAACCCGUCUCAGGUCGUGAGCAGUCUGCUGCCUCUGCUCCUGGAGGCGAGCACAGAAUGUGUAGCAGAAAUCAGCAGCACCUCGCUGGAGCGCAUCCUUGGCCCGUCAGAGUCUGAUGCCUUCCUAGCCCGCAUUUAUGAGCGCUUGGUGACCGGAUGUUACAACAUCAUUGCUAAUCAUUCUGACCCACAAAGUGGUCUGGAUGAGUCCAUUCUUGAGGAAUGCCUUCAGUACCUUGAAAAACAACUUGAGAGCAGUCAGGUCCGAAAGGCAAUGGAAGAGUUCUUCUCAUUCAGUGGCGAGCUUGUCCAAAUUAUGAUGGCGACGGCCAAUGAAAACCUGUCAGCAAAGUUCUGCAACAGGGUGCUGAAAUUCUUCACAAAGCUUUUCCAGCUCACGGAGAAGAGUCCCAACCCAAGCCUGUUGUGUUUGUGUGGCUCCUUGGCUCAACUGGCCUGUGUGGAGCCAUCUCGCCUGCAGUUAUGGCUGACACGAAUGACAGCUACCCCACCAAAGGACUCAGAGCAGCUGGAGAUUGUGCAAGAAAAUAGACAGCUCCUUCAGCUGCUUACCACUUAUAUUGUGCGUGACAAUAGUCAGGUGGGCGAAGGAGUUUGCACUGUCCUCCUCAGCACACUUAUUCCCAUGGCAACAGACAUGUUGGCCAACGGGGAUGGGACGGGCUUCCCUGAGCUCAUGGUCAUCAUGGCCACCCUCGCCAGCGCCGGACAGGGAGCUGGCCACUUGCAGCUUCACAGGGCAGCUAUUGACUGGCUGACCAGAUGUAAAAAGUAUUUAACACAGAAGAAUGUUGUGGAGAAAGUGAGCACAAACUUGUCCCAUGGAAAGCAUACCAGUAUGCUGGAGUGCUCAUGCCACAUAAUCUCCUAUUUGGCUGAUGUGAUGAAUGCUCUGCGGCAAAGCAGUGGCCAGGGCACCUCAGCCCUGCUGGUGGAGGGAGAGGAGAAGACCAUGGAAGUGGACUCGGACUGGGUGGAGGAGCUUGCAGUAGAGGAUGAUGAUUCCCAGGCAGAGGACUCUGAUGAAGACUCCCUUUGCAACAAACUGUGCACCUUUAUAAUUACCCAGAAAGAAUUCAUGAAUCAGCACUGGUACCACUGUCACACCUGUAAAAUGGUGGAUGGGGUAGGUGUGUGCACAGUGUGCGCCAAGGUCUGUCACAAAGACCAUGAGAUCUCCUAUGCCAAGUAUGGCUCUUUCUUCUGUGACUGCGGUGCCAAAGAGGAUGGCAGCUGCCAGGUGAGACCGAAUGCCUCAGGUCAUCAUGGGAAGAGAACAACAGCGGCUUUGGUCAAACGUAGCCCUAGCAGCGGUAUGAGUUCCACUCUCAAAGAAACCUCAGCCUUCCAGAGUGAACUGCGAAUGCCGGAAAGCGCUAUCCGACACCAGAAUGCCUCUCCCUCUGACAAGGGCAAGGUUACUAUUUGCGAUGGCAAAUCCAGUGAUGAAGAGAAACCCAAGAAGAGCAGUGUGUGCAAGAGCAUUGAGGGCUGUCAGCAGGAGUUGCUAACACAAGUGACGGAAUCAUCCACUGCUGCAGCCAUUCUCGAGAUGCUCAUGUUUCUCAUGGAAGCAAUCCAGACUAACUUUCAACAAGCAUCAGCAGUAGGCAGCAGCAGCCGGGCCCAGAAAGCCUUGAAUGAACUGCACACUCAGGACAAAAACGUUGAAAUGACAGACCAGUUAAUGGUGCCCACACUUGGCUCUCAAGAAGGAGCUUUUGAGAAUGUGAGGAUGAAUUAUAGUGGUGACCAAGGCCAAACUAUUCGUCAGCUCAUCAGUGCACAUGUCCUGCGGCGCGUUGCCAUGUGUGUUCUUUCCUCACCUCACGGUCGUCGUCAACAUCUUGCAGUUAGUCACGAGAAGGGAAAGAUAACAGUUCUGCAGUUGUCCACUCUUCUGAAGCAAGCUGACUCCAGCAAAAGGAAACUAACACUGACCCGACUGGCCUCUGCCCCAGUUCCUUUCACUGUCCUCAGCCUCACAGGCAACCCCUGCAAUGAAGAUUAUCUUGCUGUUUGUGGCUUAAAGGACUGUCACGUACUGACUUUCAGCAGUACAGGCUCUGUCUCAGACCAUCUUGUGUUACAUCCACAACUGGCCACAGGGAAUUUCAUCAUCAAAGCAAUCUGGCUGCCAGGCUCUCAGACUGAACUUGCUAUAAUCACAGCUGACUUUGUCAAGAUCUAUGACUUGUCAGUGGAUGCCCUGAGUCCCAUGUACUACUUCCUGCUUCCCAGUUCCAAGAUUCGAGAUGCUACAUUCCUUUUCAAUGAAGAGGGAAAAAACAUUAUUGCAAUCAUGUCCUCAGCAGGUUACAUGUACACUCAGAUAAUGGAUGAAACUAGCAGAGCCCAACAUGGUCCUUUUUAUGUCACAAAUGUAUUGGAAAUAACCCAUGAGGACUUGAAGGAUAGCAACGGUCAGGUUGCUGGUGGCGGUGUGUCUGUUUAUUACUCCCAUGUCCUUCAGAUGCUUUUCUUUAGCUACAGCCAAGGAAAGUCUUUUGCUGCCACAGUCAGCCGCAGCACAACCGAAGUGCAGAGGCUCUUUCCCAUCAACAUCAAAGGUUCUAAUGGUGGUAGCAGUAAGUUGUCGCCUGCUCUAUGCCAGUGGUCUGAGGUCAUGAACCAUCCGGGUCUGGUGUGUUGUGUGCAACAGACAACUGGCAUACCACUGGUAAUCAUGGUUAAACCUGAUACCCUCCUCAUUCAGGAGAUUAAAACACUGCCUGCUAAAGCAAAGAUUCAAGACAUGGUGGCUAUUCGACACACUGCAAGUAACGAGCAACAGCGCACGACCAUGAUCCUUCUCUGCGAGGACGGAAGCCUUCGGAUCUACAUGGCAAAUGUGGACAACACGUCAUACUGGCUCCAACCAUCGCUGCAACCCAGCUGUGGCAUCAGCAUCAUGAAGCCAGUUCGCAAACGCAAAGCCGCUGCUGCAACUACUCGAACCUCCAGUCAGGUGACAUUCCCAGUGGACUUCUUCGAACACAACCAGCAACUGACAGAGGUUGAGUUCGGGGGUAAUGACCUGCUGCAAGUUUACAACGGGCAGCAGAUCAAACACAGGCUCAACUCCACCGGGAUGUAUGUGGCUAACACAAAGCCUGGGGGAUUCACUAUAGAAGUGGUGAAUAACAACAGUUCAAUGGUGAUGACAGGCAUGCGAGUACAAAUGGGCUCUCAGGCCAUUGAGAGGGCUCCUUCCUAUGUGGAGGUCUUUGGCCGCACCAUGCAGAUAAACCUGACAAGAGCCCGUUGGUUCGACUUCCCCUUCACCAGAGAGGAGGCCCUGCAGGCUGACAAGAAGCUGUCCAUAUUCAUUGGAGCAUCAGUUGAUCCAGCUGGAGUCACCAUGCUUGAUUCAGUCAAGAUCUAUGGUAAAACUAAGGAGCAGUUUGGUUGGCCUGAAGAUCCACCCGAGGACUUCUCCUCUGCAUCAGUGAAUAAUGUGUGCAGUCCCAGCCUUAAUCAAAGCAAUAGCAACUCUGAUGGAGAUAUAGCCACCCCCACCACAACCAGUGGCACUGUGCUAGAGAGUUGUGAAACAGAGUCCUUAUCAACCUUGGACCGAUUGGUGGUCAGCUCACUUGAAGCUUUGGAAAGCUGCUUUGCUGUAGGUUCCACAAGUGAGAAGGAAAAGAACAAAACUGCAGCACUGGAACUGGCCACUUUACUUUUGUCCAUGCCGACUCCUGCAGGCGUGCAGCAACAAACCAAAGGACUUCUUGCUAGCCUGCACACCAGCCGUACAGCUUAUCACACUCAUAAGGACCAGUCCUUGCUGAGUAACGCAGUGCAGUGUCUGAAUAGUUGUAGCCGUGAGGGGAGGGAGAUCGACCCAGAUGUCUUCCAGAGACUGGUGAUCACCGCCCGUUCCAUUGCAAUCAUGAGACCCAACAAUUUGGUUCAUUUCACAGAAACUAAAUUGUUUCAACAUGACUCCGACACAGCAGAGGAUGGACAUAAACUUGUGGAUGGUGAAAGCUGCAACUUCAUUGCUCAACUGAUGAAUAACUUCUGGAAGCUUCAUUCUCAGAAACCAAAAAAUGCAUUUCUUGCUCCUGCUUGCCUGCCUGGCCUAACGCACGUGGAAGCAACAGUGAAUGCCUUAGUAGACAUCAUCCAUGCAUAUUGCACAUGUGAACUGGAUUACAUCAAUGUAGCUUCCAAAAUCUACAUGCAAAUGUUACUGUGCCCCGACACCGCUGUGAGCUUCGCUUGUAAACAAGCUCUGAUCAGAGUCCUGCGGCCCAGAAACAAACGCCGUCAUGUGACGCUUCCAUCUCCCCCACGGUCCAACACACCUAUUGGAGAUAAGGAUGAUGAUGACGAUGAUGAUGCAGAUGACAAAAUGCAGUCAUCAGUGUUGGCUGGAGGAGACGACGGUCGACAGGAGAGCCAGGAACAAAAUGAAGUGGACCACAGCGAUUUUGAGAUGGUGUCUGAGUCAAUGGUCCUGGAUACAGCAGAGAAUGUUACCAAUGGAAACCCGUCACCUCUUGAGGCUCUGCUGGCCGGAGCUGAGGGUUUCCCCCCUAUGCUUGAUAUUCCCCCUGAUGCUGAUGAUGAAACCAUGGUAGAGCUGGCUAUUGCUCUCAGCCUUCAGCAGGACCAACAAGGCAGCAAUAGCAGUGCUCUUGGCCUUCAGAGCCUUGGCCUGUCUGGCCAGGCUCCAAGCUCCUCAUCACUUGAUGCUGGCACCCUUUCAGAUACAACUGCUUCAGCUAUUGCUAUGAUUUCAGCCCCGGCAUCAGAUGAUGAGGGCAGCACAGCUGCUACUGAUGGCUCUACAUUGCGGACCUCCCCAGCUGAGCACGGCGGCAGCGUGGGCUCAGAGAGUGGGGGUUCUGCUAUCGACUCUGUAGCAGGGGAGCACAGUGUGUCAGGACGCAGCAGUGCAUAUGGAGACACAACAGCUGAAGGUCACCCUGCUGGUCCAGGCAGCGUGAGUUCCAGUACUGGAGCAAUCAGUACCACAACAGCACAGCAGGAAGGUGAAGGCUCAGAAGGAGAAGGAGAGACCGAGGGAGACGUCCACACAAGUAACAGGUUGCACAUGGUUCGUCUUAUGCUACUGGAGCGCUUGCUACAACACCUUUCUCAGCUCCACAAUGUAGGUGGAGUUCAAGCCAUCCCAUAUAUGCAGGUUAUUCUUAUGUUGACCUCUGACCUCGAUGGGGAGGAUGAAAAAGAUAAAGGUGCCUUGGAUGACCUGCUUGCGCAGCUGAUUGCUGAACUUGGCAUGCAUAAAAAGGAUGUGUCCAAAAAGAAUGAGCGCAGUGCCAUCAAUGAAGUCCACCUGGUCAUCAUGAGGUUACUUAGCGUGUUUAUGUCUCGUACCAAGUCUGGCUCUAAGUCUUCAUCUGAGUCAUCCUCCCUGAUUUCCAAUGCAACAGCAACAGCUUUGCUCAGUCUGGGUUCCAUUGACUAUUGUCUUCAUGUGCUCAAAUCGCUCCUGGAGUUCUGGAAAAGCCAACAGGGUGAAGAGGAGCCUGUGACCACCAGUCAGCUCCUUCGCCCCCACACUGCUUCCUCACCCCCCGACAUGAGCCCCUUUUUCCUUCGUCAAUAUGUCAAGGGACACGCUGCUGAUGUGUUUGAAGCUUACUCCCAGCUGCUGACUGAAAUGGUCCUCCGGUUGCCGUAUCAGAUAAAGAAGAUCACUGACUCAAACCCACGAAUCCCACCUCCUGUGUUUGAUCAUUCCUGGUUCUACUAUCUCUCUGAAUAUCUCAUGAUCCAGCAGACACCAUUUGUCAGGAGACAAGUUCGAAAGCUCUUACUAUUUAUCUGUGGCUCUAAAGAAAAAUAUCGCCAACUGCGAGAUUUGCACACACUCGACUCGCACGUCCGCAGUAUCAAGAAACUUCUGGAAGAGCAGGGCAUCUUCCUUCGUGCUGGCGUGGUCACUGCAACAUCUGGUUCUGCUCUCCAGUAUGACACACUGAUCAGUCUGAUGGAACAUUUGAAAGCAUGUGCGGAGAUUGCUACUCAGAGAACAAUCAACUGGCAGAAAUUCUGCAUGAAGGACGACUCUGUGUUGUACUUCCUGCUCCAAGUCAGCUUCCUGGUGGAUGAGGGUGUUUCUCCAGUUCUCCUUCAGCUCCUCUCCUGUGCCCUGUGUGGCAGCAAAGUGCUGGCCAGCUCCUCCUCCACCUCUUCAUCGGGCUCAGGAGGCGGCUCAGGUGGUGCCGGACAGACUGGAGCGUCUCAGUCCUCUCAGAGCAAAUCUUCUAGUAAGAAAAGCAAAAAGGAAGACAAAGAAAAAGACAAAGAGGGUGAGAGUGUCAGCAGCCAGGAAGAUCAGCUGUGCAUGGCUCUGGUCAGCCAGCUGAACAAGUUUGCAGACAAGGAGACGUUAAUCCAGUUCUUGCGCUGUUUCCUGCUGGAGUCAAACUCAUCAGCUGUGCGCUGGCAGGCCCAUUGCUUGGCUCUGCAUAUCUACAGGAACUCCAGCAAAUCUCAGCAGGAGCUGCUGCUGGAGCUGACUUGGGCCAUCUGGCCGGAGCUCCCUGCAUAUGGCCGCAAAGCUGCCCAGUUUGUUGACUUACUUGGAUACUUCUCACUCAAAACUCCUCAGACAGAGAAAAAGCUGAAGGAAUAUUCCCAGAAAGCUGUGGAAAUCUUGAGGGCACAGAACCACAUCCUAACAAAUCACCCCAACUCCAACAUUUACAACACUCUUUCUGGAUUAGUGGAGUUUGAUGGUUUUUAUUUGGAGAGUGACCCCUGCUUGGUGUGCAACAACCCAGAAGUUCCCUUCUCAAACAUUAAACUGUCAUCAAUCAAAGUGGACACACGGUACACCACCACACAGCAGGUUGUCAAGCUUAUCGGCAGCCACACCAUCAGCAAAGUCACAGUAAAGAUCGGCGACCUCAAACGCACGAAAAUGGUCCGCACCAUCAACCUUUAUUACAACAACAGAACUGUACAGGCCAUCGUGGAGCUGAAAAAUAAGCCGGCUCGUUGGCACAAAGCCAAGAAAGUUCAGCUUACCCCAGGACAAACUGAGGUGAAAAUCGACCUUCCCUUGCCUAUCGUCGCAUCCAACCUGAUGAUCGAGUUUUCUGAUUUUUAUGAAAACUAUCAAGCGUCGACCGAGACCCUGCAGUGUCCACGCUGCAGUGCUUCUGUUCCUGCCAACCCUGGGGUGUGUGGCAACUGCGGUGAGAAUGUGUAUCAGUGCCACAAGUGCAGGUCUAUUAACUAUGAUGAAAAAGAUCCCUUCCUGUGCAACGCCUGUGGUUUCUGCAAAUAUGCCCGAUUUGACUUCAUGCUGUACGCUAAACCUUGCUGUGCAGUGGAUCCAAUUGAGAAUGAGGAAGACAGGAAAAAGGCUGUAACUAACAUCAACACUCUGCUGGACAAAGCUGACCGGGUCUACCACCAGCUGAUGGGACACAGACCCCAGUUAGAGAGCCUCCUGUCUAAAGUUAAUGAGGCAGCACCAGAGAAACCCCAGGAUGAUACUGGAGCAGGUGCAGGACUCGGUACCUCUACUGCUAAUGUGAACCGAUACAUUCAGCAGCUGGCUCAAGAAUACAGUGGAGACUGCAAGACAUCUUUUGAUGAGCUCUCUAAGAUAAUACAGAAAGUGCUUGCGUCUCGGAAGGAGCUGUUGGAGUAUGAUCUGCAGCAGAGAGAGGCUGCCACCAAGUCGUCCCGGAGCAGCAGCAGCCACCAGCCCACCUUCACCGCCAGUCAGUACCGAGCUCUGUCCGUGCUCGGCUGUGGCCACACUUCAUCAACCAAGUGUUACGGAUGUGCCUCAGCUGUCACGGGCCACUGCAUCACAUUGCUUCGUGCGCUGGCCACCAACCCGGCUCUCCGGCAGAUCCUCGUCCUCCAGGGUCUCAUUCGUGAGUUGUUUGAGUACAACUUGCGACGAGGUACAGCAGCCAUGAGGGAAGAAGUGAGGCAGCUGAUCUGUCUCCUCACCAGAGAUCAUCCAGAAGCCACACAGCAAAUGAACGACCUCAUCAUUGCCAAGGUUUCCGCUGCUCUCAAGGGUCACUGGGCAAAUCCCGACCUGGUAAGUAAUUUGCAGUAUGAAAUGUUGCUGCUGACGGACUCCAUUUCCAAAGAGGGAGGAUGCUGGGAGUUAAGGUUGCGUUGUGCACUCAGUUUGUUCCUGAUGUCAGUGAAUAUAAAAACACCUGUAGUCGUUGAGAACAUCACACUCAUGUGCUUGAGAAUCCUGCAAAAGCUGAUAAAGCCUCCUGCACCAACUAGCAAGAAGAACAAGGAUACUGCCAUUGAAUCGCUGACCACAGUCAGACCCUACAGUAAUGAAAUUCAUGCCCAGGCUCAGCUUUGGCUAAAGAAAGAUCCUAAGGCAUCUUAUGAUGCUUGGAAAAAGUGUCUCCCAGCUAGAAGCCAGGAGGCUGUGUCCAAGCCUCAGGGCAAAGCCGAGCUGCGGAAGCAGUAUCUGCUGGAGAAGUAUGUUUGGAAGUGGAAGCAAUUCAUGAGGUCCAGGAAAGGUGAAGGUCUUUUCCCUCGCCUGCUCAAACUGAGCCACAACAACUGGCUUCGGCAGGUUCUGUUCACACCUGCCACCCAGGCCGCAAGACAGGCAGCUUGCACUAUUGUGGAGGCUCUUACCACAAUCCCCAGCCGCAAGCAACAGGUCCUGGACCUGCUCACCAGUUACCUUGAUGAACUGAGUGUUGCUGGAGAGUGUGCGGUGGAAUAUCUGGGCCUGUACCAAAAACUGAUCAAGCCAACACACUGGAAGGUUUACCUGGCUGCUCGUGGGGUUCUGCCCUACAUCGGUAACCUGAUCACCAAGGAAAUAGCCAAUCUCCUUGCUCUAGAGGAGGCGACACUGAGCACAGACCUACAGCAAGGCUACGCCCUCAAGAGCUUGACUGGAUUGCUGUCAUCUUUUGUGGAGGUGGAGUCCAUUAAGCGCCAUUUCAAGAGUAGAUUGGUUGGCACAGUUCUGAACGGAUACUUGUGUCUGAGGAAGCUGGUGGUGCAGCGCACCAAGCUGAUCGAUGAGACUCAGGACAUGCUCCUCGAGAUGCUGGAGGACAUGACAACAGGUACAGAGUCUGAAACCAAAGCUUUCAUGGCAGUUUGCAUCGAGACAGCAAAACGAUACAACCUUGAUGACUACCGGACACCCGUGUUUAUUUUUGAGAGACUGUGCAGCAUCAUCUACCCUGAGGAGAACGAGGUGACGGAGUUCUUUGUGACUCUGGAAAAAGACCCUCAGCAGGAGGACUUCCUGCAGGGCCGAAUGCCAGGAAACCCCUACAGCAGCAACGAGCCGGGUAUUGGCCCACUGAUGAGAGACAUCAAAAAUAAGAUUUGUCAGGACUGCGACCUGGUGGCGCUUCUGGAAGACGACAGUGGCAUGGAGCUACUUGUAAACAACAAAAUCAUCAGUUUAGAGCUGUCUGUGGCUGAGGUCUACAAGAAGGUCUGGUGCCCGACAAAUGAGGGUGAGCCGAUGAGAAUAAUAUAUCGAAUGAGAGGUCUACUUGGAGAUGCCACUGAGGAGUUCAUAGAGUCGCUGGACUCAACCACAGAUGAAGAAGAAGACGAUGAAGAGGUGUACAAGAUGGCAGGGGUCAUGGCACAGUGUGGAGGACUGGAGUGUAUGCUCAACCGGCUGUCUGGAAUCAAAGAUUUCAAACAAGGACGACAUCUGCUGACUGUUUUACUGAAGCUGUUCAGUUACUGUGUCAAAGUCAAGAUUAAUAGGCAACAACUAGUGAGACCGGAGAUGAACACACUCAAUGUCAUGCUGGGAACUCUAAACCUGGCUUUAGUAGCAGAACAGGAGAGCAAGGACAGCGGUGGAGCCUCCAUAGCAGAACAGGUCCUGAGCAUCAUGGAGAUCAUCCUGGAUGAAGCUAAUGCUGAGAGGAUUUCAGAGGACAAGGGUAAUCUUCUGCUCACAGGAGACAAAGAUCAGCUUGUGAUGUUGUUGGAUCAGAUCAACACCCCGUUUGUUCGCUCAAACCCCAGCGUGCUGCAGGGUCUGCUGCGCAUCGUUCCAUACCUGUCCUUUGGUGAACUGGAGAAGAUGAAGAUUUUGGUGGAACGUUUUAAACCGUGCUGCAAUUUUGACAAGUACGAUGAGGAGCACAGUGCAGACGACAAAGUGUUUUUGGACUGCUUCUGUAAAAUCGCUGCCGGAAUCAAAAAUAACAGCAACGGCCAUCAGCUAAAAGAUCUCAUUCUUCAAAAAGGAAUCACACAGAGUGCACUGGACUACAUGAAGAAACAUAUCCCCAAUGCAAAAAAUUUGGAUGCAGAUGUCUGGAAGAAGUUCCUCUCUAGACCAGCUCUACCAUUUAUUCUUAGAUUGCUCCGUGGUUUGGCUACCCAGCAUCCACCCACACAGGUACUCAUAGGCACAGAUUCAAUAACCAACUUGCACAAGCUGGAGCAGGUUUCCAGUGAUGAAGGCAUAGGAACUCUGGCAGAGAACCUCCUGGAGGCGCUCAGGGAGCACAGAGACGUCAACCUGAAGAUUGAAGCAGCUCGCAGGGAAACCAGAGCUGAGAAGAAGCGGAUGGCCAUGGCCAUGAGGCAGAAGGCCCUGGGAACUCUGGGCAUGACGACAAAUGAGAAAGGUCAAGUUGUUACAAAGACUUCACUUUUGAAGCAAAUGGAGGAGCUGAUAGAAGAGCCGGGUUUGACCUGCUGUAUCUGCAGAGAGGGUUACAAGUUCCAGCCAACCAAGGUUUUGGGCAUUUACACGUUCACAAAGCGCGUGGUUUUGGAGGAAUUUGAAAACAAGCCUCGCAAGCAGCAAGGCUACAGCACUGUGUCGCACUUCAACAUAGUCCACUAUGACUGCCAUCUGGCAGCUGUCAGGCUGGCUCGUGGGAGAGAGGAGUGGGAAAGUGCUGCUCUUCAGAACGCCAACACCAAGUGCAAUGGCCUGCUUCCUGUGUGGGGGCCACACGUGCCAGAAUCGGCCUUUGCUACAUGCUUAGCCAGGCACAACACAUAUCUUCAGGAGUGCACAGGGCAGCGGGAGCCCACCUACCAACUCAACAUUCACGACACCAAACUGCUGUUCCUGCGCUUUGCUACCGAGCAGUCGUUCAGUGUCGACUCAGGAGGCGGGGGCCGUGAGAGCAACAUCCACCUCAUCCCCUACAUCAUCCACACAGUGCUCUACGUACUCAACACCACACGAGCCACGUCACGAGAAGAGAAGAACCUACAGAGUUUCCAGGAGCAGCCUUGUGAGAAAUGGGUGGAAAGCUCGUAUGACGUUGAAGGACCACAUUAUUUCACCAUCUUGGCCAUGCACAUCAUGCCUCCUGAGAGGUGGAGGAGUUCUCGUUUGUACUUCCUGCGAAGACUCCUGGUCAUGGCACAUUCUCGCAAGGCCUCUGCCGUUUCCACAAACAAACUCACAGAUAAAACACCAAAGGAAUAUGCAGUUUAUCGCUCACCUCUUCUCUUCUGGGGCCUGGUGGAUCUGGUCUAUGACAUGUUCAGGAAAGUACCCACCAGCAACACUGAAGGGGGAUGGUCCUUCUCUCUGGCAGAAUACGUCCGUCACAACGACAUGCCCAUCUACGAGGCCUCUGAGCGCAUCCUCAGGGCCUUCCAGGAUGAACUGAUGCCCGCCGAGUCCAUGUCAGAGUUCUGCGACGUCGUCGGUCUCCUUUCUGAAAUACCAGACCCGGACCUCUUCAUGCAGGAUUUGUUGAACUCUUUGCCCUGAUUCAGCAUCAAGUCACACCCCUCAGACACACGUAAAAACAAAAAACAGAAGAGCUGUUUACACACCAGAAUACACACAAACACCAUGCUUCCUAUUCAGCUACCACGCCCAUAUGACAUCUCAAAUUAAACUGUAUGUGUAGUCUACAAAAAUAUUAAAUAAAAAGAACUCAUUCACUUUUGGCAACAUCUCUGUAACUGCCUGUCACAACGGAGAGGACGCUGAAGCAGGAUUUACUUUUCGCCCCCUGAUUCAAACUGCUUCACUCUGAUUAAAGAUGAUUUGAUUUGUUUAUUAGUGGGUUUGAA